AUGUCAUCUAGACGCGCUGGGCCUCCGCCUAUGCAGCAACAGCUGCAACCUCAGCUGUCUAUUUCCUAUGGUGAACCGGAGAAAAAGCAACGCAGCAAGUGUAUGUCAUUCGUGUGUUGCAUGUGGAAAGUCUUUACAUGUAUUUUCUCACAUGUAACGCUCGUGGCAACGGUUGUCGCGUACUGUUUUCUUGGAGCAUUUACAUUUGAACAUUUAGAAGCAGAAAACGAGCGAAAUGUUAAAAAAGGUAUCAGUUCAAUACGUGUCAAUUUAACUGACGCGAUAUGGAAAAUGACAAAUGAUAAACCUGUUUUACAUCAGCAAAACUGGACUUCGACUGCCAUAAUGCACCUGCAGUCAUUUGAGAAAGAAAUACUUACUGCCAUGAAAAAAGAUGGAUGGGAUGGAAACGAAGACGUGGAUCAAAUCCAAUGGACAUUUUUUGGAGCUUUGUUUUAUUCCAUCAUCGUCAUAACCACAAUCGGAUAUGGUCACAUAGCGCCAAAAACAUACAUGGGUAAAAUUUCGACCAUCUUUUACGCUAUAUUGGGUAUUCCACUUAUGCUGCUAUGCCUUUCUAAUAUUGGUGAUAUUAUGGCCAGUUCGUUCAGGUUUCUUUAUUGGCGCGUGUGCUGCUAUGUUUGUACACGGGAGCCUAAACGUUCCAAUUCUAGGCGAGGACGAAGUAGCCGUGGCACAAUAAGACAAGGAAGGAGUUCCACACGGUCCGGUCAAGGCCAAGCGGGCACAAACUUGAGACGUUCCGUACGAAAUUCUCAACGUUCCGCCGAUUCUGGAUUUGAUCCAUACUUUGACCCUGGAUUAGGUCAUGCAUAUUCUGACACAGAUUGUAGAUAUAACGCUGCGAUAGAUGAUGGAUAUUAUCCGGAUAAUGACCGCGGUAUGCGGCAACAGGGCAAUAUGCCACCACAGUCUAAGUAUGACCCACAAAAUAGCCCAGGCGGUGUGCGGCAGAAAUCGCGUAGUACUGCAAAUGCCGAGACAUUCUUGAACGAUGAGUAUCUGCCAGGUUCUCAGCAACUGAAACGAUCUCAACCAUCACACUCUCGCCCCGAACCAAUGGGCCUUGACCAAUCGCAACGAUCACUACAAAAGCCACGCGAUCAAUAUCGCAAAAUGCAAGGAAUGCGAGCACAAUCAUUAGACCGGCGCAUGUUUCGACAAGACUCGCAGAUGAUCGAUAUGGAAGAUGAAUCACCAUGCAAGACACCGAUUCUCUGCAACAAGUACGCACUCGACGAUGCGGAUGACCAAGAUGGAAGACCAACACGACCAAACCCUCGCAGCCAGUCUAUGCCGCGACAGACGGGACGUUACGGGGACCGUUUGAUGCCUGACCGGAUGCCCUACUAUACCGAGGACAACGAGAUAGGGGAAAAUAUGCAAACCGUGCGCAAAUCGGCUCCUCAAAGACGUCGAGAGCCACGACCCGUGCCGGCGCCGUCGCCACGCAUAAUGUCACCGAUGGGAUUCGCCGUCCAUCGCCAAGCACGUCAUCUACAAAAUGUGAUCGAUGAUAACUCGCUCUACGAUGACGAAUGGGACAUCCACAGCGGCGAGCUGCCACCAUCGUCCAUCGUACGGCCUGUGCCUAUUUGGUUGUGCGUUUUUCUAGUGGUUAGUUACAUCAUUGCCGGAGCGUUUAUGUUUUCUGAAUGGGAAGAUUGGAGUUUUCUGGAUUCAGCAUACUUUUGCUUCAUCACCCUCACUACCAUUGGUUUUGGAGACUUUGUACCAGCCCAGGGCGUUAAAAACGAUUCCGAAAUUUCGAUUGCCCUUUGUUCAUUAUACUUGCUAUUUGGCAUUGCUCUUUUGGCCAUGAGUUUCAAUCUGGUGCAGGAAGAAGUGAUAUCAAACGUCAAAAGCGUGGCCAGGCGACUAGGAAUUUUGAAAGAAGAAGACAUGGACGAUUAA